UCUCUCUCUCUCUCUCUCUCUCUCUGCAAUUUUCCCGAGAAAACAAACAGGAAAAAGGAGGAGAAAAAGAGAGAAUUUUCUCGGGAACCAAACGGAGCGAAAACAGGAGAAGCUUCUUUGUUUCCAUCUGGGAAUUUCCCUUGUCUUUCUCCUUUGUUCUUAUUCGUUGUAGAAGGAUGGCAACAAUUGCAGGGAAUUACAGAAAUGGGACGCACAAGAGCACCCUCAGAACUCAGUCUUCUGGUUCUAGCUCCGGAGUGAAACCCUCCGCUAAAUCGAAGCCGGUGCUCCGGAAGAGCAGCCCGGCGGCGCUCGGUGGUGCGGCGGCGUCUAAGGCCGGCGGCGACGCUGGAGUUCCUGGGAGAGUUCGAGUAGCCGUGAGAUUACGGCCGCGAAACGCCGAGGAACUCGCCGCCGAUGCUGAUUUUGCCGAUUGCGUUGAAUUACAACCGGAGCUUAAGAGGCUGAAACUGCGGAAGAACAAUUGGGAUACGGAUACAUAUGAGUUUGAUGAAGUCUUAACUGAGUAUGCUUCACAGAAGCGUGUUUACGAAGUUGUGGCUAAACCAGUUGUGGAGGGUGUUUUGGAUGGAUACAACGGGACAAUAAUGGCGUAUGGACAAACCGGUACUGGUAAGACAUACACACUUGGUCGAUUAGGAGAAGAAGAUGCAGCUGAUCGGGGAAUAAUGGUACGUGCAAUGGAGGACAUCUUGGCAGAAGUGUCUUUGGAGACAGAUUCUCUUUCUGUCUCCUAUUUGCAGCUUUAUAUGGAGACGAUACAGGACCUUCUUGAUCCAUCUAACGAUAACAUUUCCAUAGUUGAAGAGCCAAAAACCGGAGAUGUUUCUCUCCCGGGUGCUACUGUUGUUGAAAUUAGAGACAGACAAAGCUUCUUUGAACUUCUGAGAUUAGGAGAAGCUCACCGGUUUGCAGCUAACACCAAAUUGAACACCGAGUCAUCUCGUAGUCAUGCUAUAUUAAUGGUACAAGUAAAGCGAUCAUUGAGAACAAGAGAUACUCUUUCAAAUGAAAGUAGUGGAAACUCUCAUACUUCCAAAUCUCUUAAACCUCCAGUUGUUCGGAAGGGAAAAUUAGUUGUGGUGGACCUUGCUGGCUCAGAGCGUAUUGAUAAAUCAGGAAGCGAGGGACAUACACUAGAGGAAGCCAAAUCUAUUAAUCUAUCUUUGAGCGCAUUAGGGAAGUGCAUCAAUGCAUUAGCUGAGAACAGUGCCCAUGUUCCAUUUCGCGAUUCAAAGCUAACCAGAUUGCUUCGAGAUUCAUUUGGAGGCACUGCAAGGACCUCUUUAGUUAUUACAAUUGGUCCUUCCCCACGACAUCGAGGGGAGACAUCAAGCACCAUAAUGUUUGGGCAGAGGGCUAUGAAAGUGGAAAAUAUGGUGAAGUUAAAGGAAGAAUUCGAUUACAAAAGCUUGUCUAGAAGGCUUGAGAUACAGCUAGACAAUCUCAUAGCAGAAAAUGAAAGGCAGCAGAAAGAUUUUGUGGAUGAGAUCGAGAAAAUAACCAUAGAAGCACAGAACCAAAUUGCUGAAGCUGAAAGGAGAUAUGCCAAUGCAUUAAAGGAGGAAAAACUAAGGUAUAAAAAAGAUUGCAUGGAAUCAAUGAAGGAGCUGGAGGAGAAAUUUUCAAUGAAUCAACAAAAGCUGGCUGCAGAAAGACUUGCUCUCGGAGAGAAAAAAGGCAUAGGCAUCACAUCAAAUGGAAAUAGAUCGAUAGCCCCAUCCAUUGAGGAAGUCUCUGAACUGAAAAAGUUGCUUCAGAAAGAAACUCAACUGAGGGUUGCGGCUGAAGAGGAAAUCAAUAGCCUAAAAAUUCAACUCUCUGAAUUGAAAAAAGCGGAAGUAUCAGGGAAUUCUGAGAUCUUUAAACUCUGCAAGAUGUUGGAAAAUGAGACACAGCAGAAAAAAAUACUCGAAGGGGAAAUCGCGAUAUUGCAAACUCAAUUGCUGCAACUAAGUUUGAAUGCUGAUGAGACAAGCAAAAACCUCGAGAAACAUGGUUCAGUGAGAACUCCUGGUGCUGUAGAUUCACUUGUGUCUCAGACAAGACUAUUUCCUCAUCUCCAAGACCCGGGAAAUGGUGAGAAAGCCUCUGUAGCUAGACUCUUUGAACAAGUGGGGCUGCAAAAGAUCUUGUCCCUGCUUGAAGCAGAAGAUACGGAUGUGCGGAUACAUGCUGUCAAAGUGGUGGCAAAUCUGGCUGCCGAAGAGGCAAAUCAACAAAAAAUCGUGGAAGCUGGAGGGCUUACGUCCUUGCUGAUGCUUCUGAAAAGCUCUGAAGAUGAGACCAUCCACCGAGUUGCUGCUGGUGCCAUCGCCAAUCUCGCUAUGAACGAAACUAACCAGGAGAUGAUAAUGGAUCAAGGGGGAAUCAGUUUGUUGUCUAUGACAGCAGCCAACGCUCAAGACCCGCAAACCCUCCGAAUGGUAGCUGGAGCAAUUGCAAAUCUAUGUGGAAAUGAUAAACUGCAAACAAAGCUAAGAUCGGAGGGUGGCAUUACGGCCUUACUGGGAAUGGUCAGAUGUGGACAUCUUGAUGUUCUUGCACAAGUUGCUCGUGGAAUCGCUAACUUUGCCAAGUGCGAAUCAAGGGGAUCAACUCAAGGAACAAAAAGGGGGAAGUCUUUCUUGAUAGAAGACGGAGCACUCUCUUGGAUAGUACAGAACGCCAAGACCGAAGCUUCAACCAUAAGGCGACAUAUCGAACUAGCUCUCUGCCACUUAGCUCAGCACGAAGGAAACGCGAAAGAGAUGGUGAAGGAAGGAGCGAUAUGGGAACUGGUGAGGAUAUCGAGAGAAUGUUCGAGAGAAGACAUAAGAAGUCUUGCUCAUCGGACUCUGACUUCAAGUCCGGCCUUCCUCACCGAACUCAGACGCCUCCGGGUUGAUCUCCGGUGAGCAAUUUUUUUUUUUUACCUUUUCAUGAUCUUUAACAAAGAAGUUGCAGAAUAGUGGGAGGAUGAUCAUUUAUGCUGUGGAGGUGUAUAUUUGAUUUUGA